CUCCACACUCCUCUUCUCUCCUCCCUCUCCAGACUCUUCUCUCUCCCCUCUUUUCUUCCCCCCUCUCUCUCCCCCCAGCAUCGUACCAAACCACACAACCGCAGCGACGGCAACACGAAGCUCUCCUCUCCGGCGAGAAUAGCCAAGAACGCGACGCGACCACACCCAAGAGGCCGAACAGAUCGAGCUCAAGAAGGUUUUAGCCCAUGGGGAUGGAUUACUACAAGAUCCUGGGCGUCGACAAGGCCGCCAGCGACGACGACCUCAAGAAGGCGUACCGCAAGCUCGCCAUGAAGUGGCACCCUGACAAGAACCCCAACAACAAGAAGGAGGCGGAGAACAAGUUCAAGCAGAUCUCCGAGGCGUACGAGGUGCUGAGCGACCCGCAGAAGCGAGCGGUGUACGACCAGUACGGCGAGGAGGGGCUCAAGGGGCAGGUCCCGCCGCCGGGCGCCGGCGGGGCCGGCCCGGGAGGCGCGACGUUCUUCUCCACCGGCGGCGACGGGCCCAACGUGUUCCGGUUCAACCCGCGCAACGCGGAGGACAUCUUCGCGGAGUUCUUCGGCUCGUCCAGCCCGUUCGGCGGCAUGGGCGGUGGCAUGGGCGGCGGCAUGGGGGGAGGGCCCGGGAUGCGGACAGGCGGCACGCGGUUCUCGUCGUCGAUCUUCGGGGACGACAUCUUCGGCUCGGCGUUCGGCGGCGGCGCCGACGGGCACCACGGGAUGCACGGCGGUGGCGCCGGGAGGGCGUUGAAGGCGCCGGCGAUCGAGAGGAAGCUGCCGUGCAGCCUGGAGGAGCUCUACAAAGGCACCACCAAGAAGAUGAAGAUUUCCAGGGAAAUCGCUGACGCCAGUGGGAAGACAAUUCCAGUGGAGGAGAUCCUGACCAUCGAUGUGAAGCCUGGGUGGAAGAAGGGCACCAAGAUCACCUUCCCGGAGAAAGGAAACGAGCAGCCGAACGUGAUCCCGGCCGACCUCGUCUUCAUCAUCGACGAGAAGCCGCACCCGGUGUUCACCCGUGACGGCAACGACCUCGUCGUGACGCAGAAGAUACCGCUCGCCGAGGCCCUGACCGGCCACACCGUCCACCUGACUACGCUCGACGGCCGCAGCCUGACGAUCCCGAUCACCUCCGUCAUCAACCCGGGCUACGAGGAGGUCGUCCGCGGCGAGGGCAUGCCCAUCCCCAAGGACCCCUCCAAGAAGGGCAAUCUCAGGGUCAAGUUCGACAUCAAGUUCCCGGCGAGGCUCACCGCCGACCAGAAGUCCGGCGUCAAGCGGCUGCUGGGGCAGUAGAUCGAGCAACUGCACCGAUGUAGUAUCAAAGCCUUUUCUUGUGUUGGUGGUGUUGAACUGGUGAUCAUCCGGCAGCCGCGACGAAUUUCUCGUUGAGAGCUUUUUCAGGUCAUGUGACACGAUGCAAAAAGGCAAUGCGGCCUUAGAUGUGUGAGAUACUGAUGAGAACUAGUAGAAACGUUAUACACAGCUUUUGUGGUGCAUAGAGGAGGAAUUCCUUUGUACAAUCUCUUUCAGGUUGGUAGUCUGAUUCACAUUGCUUUGGAGUAAAAAACUAAAAAUGCCUAGGUGUAGAUGUUGUUGUACCUAUUGCACGAAAUUUUGAUGGUACAAAAUGUUCAUUCUGAAAUGGACUGGGAAGUUGUACCCGUAA